AUAUAAUGGAACUUUUUGAAAUUACUCAGAUCUAGCGGCUUGAUUGAGUCUAAUUUCCGCAACGCAUUUGGAUUCCGCGCUACCUGUGUCUAGUGUUGAUUGUCAGAUUAUCGUUAUCUCACAGCUGCAGUGUUGCUUAUUAUUUUGGGUUUUCCUCAUUGAUGGAUACAGUGAAAUAUAUUUUGGUUACUGGCGGGGUCAUCAGCGGGAUCGGCAAAGGUAUUAUCUCUAGCAGCAUCGGGACUAUUUUAAAAGCAUACGGAUGGAAUGUUACGUGUAUAAAAAUUGAUCCUUAUUUAAACAUUGAUGCUGGUACAUUCUCCCCCUUUGAACAUGGAGAAGUUUACGUUCUGGAUGAUGGAAGUGAAGUUGACCUUGAUCUGGGAAAUUAUGAAAGAUUUUUAAAUAUAACAUUGACCAAAGAUAAUAACAUUACGACGGGAAAAAUUUAUCAGAAAGUAAUUGAAAAAGAACGUCGUGGAGAUUACCUUGGGAAAACAGUACAAGUCGUCCCACACAUCACAGAUGCUAUUAUUGAAUGGGUCACAAAUGUUUCUCGAAUUCCAGUAGAUGAAAGUGGUUCAACCCCAGAGGUAUGCAUCAUUGAACUUGGUGGUACAAUCGGCGAUAUUGAAUCUAUGCCGUAUGUUGAGGCCUUCAGACAAAUGCUUUUUCGAGUGGGAAGUGUCAAUUUUUGUUGCGUACAUGUCAGUCUAGUACCUCAGCUUCAGUCUGUUGGAGAGCCUAAAACCAAACCUACCCAAGUUAGUUUCUAUUUAUUCCUUAGCUUAGUAAAGUAUUGUUCCAAUUUUAUAAACAUGCAUCAUAUAUAUGUGGUUGAUCACAUACCAGAAACAUCGGGUUUUAAACCGUUUUACACAUGAUUCCACCCAUAUUUUCGUUAGGACAUUAUGUGUAGCCUUAAUUAUCUAGUUUAUUUGCAUAUUAUGAACCAGUGCCAAGACCUAAGAACUGUGAGUUCGAGCUGUUUACCAUCGUAUGCCCAAUUUCAUAAGGGAUUAUGUUGUUUGUUCUGGUAAAUUUCUGUGGUGGUAGUGAAUUUUGGUAUUGUUCUGAGGAUAUUUCUGGUUAUUAAAAUGAAUAAUAGAUAAUUAAUCGGUAUACUAUGCACAAAAAUGCAAUUAACUCAUUCACCAGAUACGUGAGUAUGAGCCACACAAAGUGUUAGAGCUGGUGGUACAAAUACCCGGCUUCCCAUAUCAAAGUACAUGGGGCAGGGUGUAAACUCAGCUACCGAAAGUCUAACGUCUUAACCAUUAUGUAACUGCGCAACUAAUAACCAUUCACAGAUCUGAAUUAUUGGCAAUCUUGAACCAGCAUCAAAUGAUAGCAAACCUGAUGAGCAAAAGUUUUCUUUCUAGAAGAUUGACGCUUUUAAACGGUGUUUUUACGCAGAAAUGAACAUAACCACAUGUUAUUUAACAUAAGCGAUUGGACUCAUGAACCAAUAAACUUAAAAACCUAACUAUCAAGCUUGAUUCUCGGAAAUCACAACCAGAUGAUUAGGAACACUUUUAAGCCAACAAGCUCACUUCAAUCAAUUUUAUGCAAACCAAAUAAAAUGACUAAAGAAAAGUUAAACAUCAUCUGUAAAAUAAAUUGCUCUAGCUAUCAGAAACAUUGCAUCAACCAAAGUAACCAUCCUCUUUAUCACCAUCUCCAUGAACAAUUAGUUGUCACAAGUAACGCCAUGCCUUCUUUCAUACCAAUGUGGAUAUGCGUUCGGCUAUAGAAAUGUUCCUAUCACAGACGGAAAGAGUAGAUAAAGGACUAGGUAACUUUUAGAGUUUUGGCACCCAGGUCAAUCAGGAAUCGUUGAAGAUAUUGCAAUGGAUCCAAUUUCUCAACCAAUUGCAAAACCAUAAAUAACCAUAAGACCAAGAACUAAACCAAGAUGGAAGACAAUUAAAGCAAAUGUCCAAACAAUGAAAUAACCUCUAUUGACAACAACCAAUCAGAUAAUCUUCACAAAAAAGCUGUUAGUCACAUAUAGAGAAAUUCCAGUAACUCACUUCUGUCUGAAGUUUUUGUGGAAGAUAUUCUUUGGAAAGAUACUUCAAAGAACUUAGCUCCACCGAAAUUUUUUUCAGUGUAAGCUUUAGUUGUAGCCUCGUAGUUAAACAACUCAUCUCUGAAGCUAGUUUGUGUGUCCGGACCCAACAUUGCCUACCUUAGUUUAAGGAGCCAAAUAGUUUAAUCUGACUGUCUUACUAAACAUAUAACUGAAAGUCGAAUGCAUGACCUUUCAGUCAGUGAUCUUGAGUGCUGUUAGAGGUAUGAGGGCAGUUAUCAGCUCCCGGCUACCCACAUCAUGGAAAGGUUCUUCUAGAGGUACCUGAAAAGGAAAUCGGGUUAGAGGUGGCCUUAGUGACCCGAGAAAGUGACCGCAGUGCUCGAGGAACGACUGCCUGAGACUGGUCACACACGAUCUUUUUGUGAGUAGUGUUCGUGUUAGCUCAGUACUUGUUGGGACCUUACCUCCGGAGACGGAAAUCUGUGGGAUAAGGUGAGGUGUGCAUUUUUAGGGUCGACCUUCUCUAACUACAUCCUUUCUUGUAGGAAGACAGCAUCGACGUAAUGCUAGUUGCCUGAAGGAAACACCUUACUGCCAUCACACCUCCGUACAGUCGGCAAUAAAACUUCGCCCUCGGACCUUAGGUUUGCUGCUUUUAAUCUUACUGCUCUUCAACCGACUUGUCUGACAUGGUAGGACCGUGAGGAACGAUUGUUCCAACCAGUAUAGCUCGAUUGGUUCAUUACGAUAGGUGAGCCCGACCACCACGUCAAGGUAGCAGCAAUGGUCGGGCAUGAUCUUUACUAAGGUGCAUCAACAGCAAAUAAUUUCCAGGCUCACAGCUAUGACGGAUAAUACACUUAGUAGAAAUGAGUGGGAACUGUCAAGGUAGAUAUUUACUAGCAGAUUUUCUCUGCAUAUAUUAAAAUUUUUUUAAUCUUUUCUUUACAGCUGUUUUAUUCAUUUAACGGAAUUGAGGUAUUUAUUUCUACGGAGAUUUACUUUUUUUUAAUGGAUAUAUUAAAAUCUCUCCGUAACCUAUACUUAUUGGUUUGCUGUUAUAGGUGAAUGUUGUCGAUUUAUUAUUUUUUUGGUACUGCAUAUAUUUUACUUUUAACCGUUAACAGUCUCUCUCAAAUGCUAACUUGAAAAUAAACGCAGUACGUUUUUCCUCAUCCUAUUCUCUGUCAAUAGAAUGUAGCUUUUCUGAUUUAAUUUUCUUUUAGCUUUUUUUAAAUUGCAUCUGUCUAGUUCACUAAACAGUACUCCUAAGUAUGAGGAGAUUGGUAUCAUUCGUUCUUACGGACUAUAGUAAUACUAAAUAUUUACUACAUGUGGUUUUAUUUAUAUUUUAGUUGUAAAUGAUUGAUAUUUAAUCAUUCACCUGGUAAAAAGUUCAUACCUUUCUAUUUUUCUGCCUAUCGAAUGAAAACACUUCGAUUUAUAAUAACCAGUGAUUAAUGAAUCUAUUCUAGUGGUGGUUUUCAUUGUUAAUUAAUGUAGUCUAGAUAGCUUUUUUCUUACUGAGCAUCACUAGUUGUUCCAUUCAUGCACUACUGAAGAUAUUCAAAGGAAAAUGGAAUAACUUUCCUACGCUCCGUAAUUUUGGAUGUAUUUUUUUCACUGAUAUCAAUCUGUCGUAAGAUAUCUUACACCAAACAACUAAUAAUCAAAUCCCCCGAGCUCCAGGUAUAAGUAUAUAGUAUAUAGCUACGCUAUCGUAUAUUGUACAUGACAUUUUUGUCGAAAUUAAACUGUAUGAGAAAAUUAAAUUUGUUUGACUUCGCGCAAUUUUAAAUGACAUCCAACCUGUACAUUUAUUUACAAACUUUAUUAUGGGUUACAUUGCAAAUUCAUCCUGAAUUCAACAACGUUAUGUGGUAGAGUUGUGCGUUAGAAAGAUUGUUCGUAUCAGUAUUUAUGAUUCAGGUAACGUAAGAUUAGUUAGAUUAGCAAGCGAUUCCUAAUACGAAGUUGUUAAUUGAGAUAAAUUCCAAUUGUUCAAAUAUGUUGAUACAUUAUGUACUUCAAAUCCUGCUCUAUUAGUUUACGUGGAAGGAUUUUCUUACUUGUCUAUUUAUUACGUUUUAGUAAGCUGAAAACUUUUUCAAACAGAACCAUUGAUUUCUUCGUAGAUAUUGCAAACUAUUUUUUUAACCUAUAAUUUUCUUUACCUCGUAUCGAAUUUAUUGGCAAGCGUACGUGAACUGCGUGCCUGCGGCUUACAUCCAGAUCUUCUUAUGUGUCGUUGUAGUUCACCGCUACCCUCUAGUGUCAUCAACAAAAUCAGCCUAUUUAGUCAAGUUGCAGUAGAACGUGUUAUUGUUUCCUUAGAUGUUAGUGAUUUAUAUGAAGUGCCUUUACGAUUAAAUGAUCAAAAUUUAUGCUCAAUACUACUGGAGCAUUUCCAAUUGAAUCCUAAACUACACAUUGAAUAUCCAAUUCUUGGGAAAUGGAAAGCAUUGACUCGUCAAAUGGAGCUGGCAUCGGAAGUUGUCCAUAUAGCUAUAGUUGGAAAAUAUACCAAACUUAGUGACGCUUAUUUGUCAUUGUUGAAGGCUCUUCGUCAUGCUGCAAUUUAUACAAAUUUAAAACUGGAUCUUUCACUUGUGUGUGCUGAAGAUCUCGAAGAAAACACCCGUAUCGUGAGUCCAGAUGCAUUUCAUCAAGCUUGGCUCACUUUGAGUAGCUCUAAUGCUGUUGUUGUUCCUGGAGGUUUUGGUCAGCGAGGUGUUGACGGGAAACUAGCUGCUAUACGCUUCUGUCGAGAAAGAGGUGUGCCGUUUUUGGGUCUUUGUUUGGGCCUCCAAUGUGCUGUGAUUGAAUUUUCCAGAAACGUACUUGGUUGGAAAGACGCUAAUUCCACCGAAUUUGACCCAAAUACCACUCAUCCAGUGAUCAUUGAUAUGCCUGAACAUAAUUCCGGAAUUAUGGGUGGAACAAUGCGACUUGGUCGACGCCGUACAUUGUUGUAUCUAUCGGAAAUUUCUAAAUCAUACUUACAACGUACCUACAAAUGUUCAGAACUUAUAUGUUCUCACUUAGAUUCACAAUCAAAAGUUUUAUCUGAAUGUAGAGCGAAUGAUUCAUACACUUCAUCGAAAACCUUUAAUUCAGAUAGUAUAAUGCACCGGUUAAUUAAUGCACCAUACUUUGAUGCGCGUCAUCGGCACCGGUAUGAAAUAAAUCCAAAAUAUGUCGAUCAACUCGAAGAAUCAGGUCUUAUUGUUGUUGGUCGAGAUGCAGAAGUUGGCAAUCGUAUGGAAAUCAUUGAGCUAUUACAACCUUUGCAUCAAUUUGAAAAUGAUUCGGAUUUAGAAAAUAAAUGUCCUACUCGACAUCCUUUCUUCGUAGCUACUCAGUUCCAUCCUGAAUAUACAAGUCGACCUACUCAUCCAUCAAUUUUCUUUGUUGGACUUGUAUUAGCUGCAUCUAAGCGUUUGAGUGCUUAUGUUCACAAUCCUUUUCGACUUAGUCCUACUCAAUUUGUAUUGGAUGAAGAUGAUAAAAAAGAUACUGUGGAUCUAUUUAAAAUAAGUCCACCUAAAAAACUAAAGGAUACAGUCAGUUACUGCAGUAGGGAAUCUACCAGUACCUGCAUUAUGGAUUCAAUCGAUAGUAGUAAGGUGACAAGCUCAGUCAACACUGAUUUUUAAGAGGAGUUGACACUAGUUUCUCAGUGAGGUUUGUUUUUUUUCUAUCUCAUCCUUUUUCAAGUUUUUUAUGCUCGUGUAAAACCACGUGUUAUUGAUUCGUUCUGUCUUUUUACCUGUCACUGGGCAAAAUGCAUGAGCCUAACUUGCUUAUCACAAUUGAUAUUCGUGGUCUAUUUAUGAUAUCAUGGUGAAUUAUUGAUACGUUCUGAUUAGUUGUUUUAUUGCAUAGGAUGAAAUAGUAUUCCAGUGCCUAAUUUCCAGUGUCUGUCAGCUAACAUCAAGUUUUAAUUCUUUUUACUUAUGAAUUCAGUAUUUAAAAGUAGUUUUUGAUUUUGCUUUAUCCGUGGAACCAAUUUCAGACUUUGCCAGUAUUUUAGAUGUGUUGUAUCAAAUUUUGACAAACACAACAGCUUAGAUAAUUGUGUUAAUAUAAAGUGAGUUUCGACUUUAAAAUAUUUCAAUAGUAAGACAAUUAGUCUGGGAUUUUUAUCAUCCCAUUAUCUUGAAAAUCUGUCUCAAAGGUUUUAUUAACUAAGACGAGUAAAUCUAGUCUUUGUUAUGCUUCUCAUUGGUAAGAAACUCGGUUAAGAAGUAAGAGAGUAACUUACUAAUUGGCGACUUCUGAAUAUGUUGUUCAAAUCAUUUAUUAUAGUGAGAGUUUUUGUGUAUAUUUGGUUGUCAUCAUGAUCAAUAUUUGGCUACUCGAUAGAUGAUGCAAAAAAAAAUAUAAUGUGGUCGAUCGAAAAUCACUUAAAAACUGAACUAUUGACGCGAAUCCGCGAAUGAGUUGGCACCAAAUCCAGUGACUGUCAUACUUAUUUAUGCGAAUGCAGGAGUUUUUUAGAGAGUGACAAACUUUCGUAGUUUACAUCACGAACUGAUAUUAGAUAAACCACCACUAAGAACUAGGAAUGAUUGAACAAUUGUUUUGUCCUAGUGUGGGACUCUGCGGUGCAAACUAUAAAAGUUCACCAACUCCACAAAAUCCCUGUACUACUAAUAAUUCCACACUCACUAGUGAUUAACUUUUAGAUCCGACGUUUCAAGUCCUAGUGAGAAACCGUGACUAGUAGUGUACAACCAUAUUGGGUGUAAAAUAGUUAUCCACCACAGGUAAUGAAAAAUGGCCGCUCAAUAUUGCAAAUUAAAUGAAGUUAUUAGGCAUCUACACAACUGGGUUUCUGCUCAGUGCUCUACAGGUUAAGUGUUCGUGCGCGGGACCGAAAGACAUGGGUUCGACUCCCUUUGGUGGAGUCAUGGAUGAAUACUCUCGAUGAAUUCUCUACUGGAACGAAAUAGCUGUCCAGUAUCUCCUGUUUAUGUAAGAAUAAGAUCCAAUCAUCAAUGAUUAGAAUAGUAGGUGGGUAUAUUUGUUGUUGUUCUGAGAUUUAAUUUUAUUACUUCAACACAUAUCCCUCUUGUUUAUUUUUCGAUGUCUUUCUAUUUCUGUUUAUCAUCUUUUAGUGUACUGUCGUCGCUGUGUUGUGAAAGUCCGGUUUUUAUUUAAAUCCUUCUUAGACUAAUAAACUUAUUUUUAAUUGAAACUUCACCUUUUUGUGCUCCAAAAAUUCUAAUUAUCUACUUCACUUCUUAAAGAGAAAAAUGCAAAGUAACUGAUCACAAAAAAUGUAGUUUUCUGUAAUGUAAAUCCAUCAAGGAAAUUCGUUGUAUACUAAUAACUAUUUUUGAUAGAAGAGAUUUAUUUUUAUAUGAAUAGUUAUUUUUCAUCUGAAAUAAAAUAAAAAAUUCUAUCGAAGAAGAAUAAUGCCGUUUGAUACGUUUAUCGCCUUCUAAUUUUGUACUAAGUCAAUAUAAAUUGUUCGUAGUACGUUUUCCUAUCCAUGUUAUACGUCAAUUUUCUCUAUGGUCUAUGUUAUGUUUUUCUUUUUGUUUCGUCGUAUUAAAAUUUUUUCAUAAUUAUCCACAUUUGACAUUUUUUUUCAAAGAUGAACAGGCUUAAUUAUUUAAUCACCUUCUUCUUUAUUAAUAAGUCAUACAAAUUUUAAAGUGCUAAAGUAACUCAUCUCUUCAAUGCAUUUGAUUCCUUACAAAUUCCAUUGUAAGAUUUAGAAAUAAAAUAAGCUAAGUUUACUAUAUUGUUGUUGUUUGUUUCUCUUUUAAAUACAGUACACAAUAAAAAAGGUUUUAUACUGUCUUUAUUAGUUUAUUCAAUUCAAAUAAAUAAAAACAAUUUAAUUUCAUUAGUUCUUGUGAAAUGAAAAAGUUUCUUGAGACAAAGUUAUAAAUGAGUUUCGUGAUAGUGGUUAAAAUAGGUGAUUAAAUGCAGCGAUAACUUGAAAUCUAAUCGUUUCAGGAUAUCUCGGAUAUGUUUACACCAUCAUCAUGUCUCAGUAACUGAUAGACA